UGGUGUUGGCUCUUGAAUUGAUACAGACGGCCGUAUCUCGAGAAUCUACCUACACCAUUCACACAGUCUUGAUCUUUCCUCAUCCGCCAAAGAUGCGCGAUUGAACGGCGACCAGAUUCUUCGCUGAACACCUACCGGUCCACAUAAAAAUCGACAGACUUUGUAAAAGAGGGGCAACCAUGUUCACCAAGAUAAUCGACUUGCGCGAUCGCAUAACGGAGGCUGGUUCGACGCUGCGGUCAUGGAUUCCAUUUCAGAGGGGUUACCGCCGGCCAAGAUUCAAUUUCAUCACCUUACACUAUAUUUAUCUGAUUGGCCUCACUAUCAUCGGAUCAAUUCUUUUAUACCCAGCCGGAGAGCUUACGUAUAUUAAUGCGUUGUUUUUCUCGGCAGGAUGUAGCACCCAGAGUGGUCUUAACCCUGUUGACAUAAAUAAACUGCACUUGUAUCAGCAGAUUGUCAUGUUUUUCAUGGCCAUGAUCGCUAAUCCCAUCUUUAUCAAUUCUUUCGUCGUGUUUGUUCGCCUUUACUGGUUUGAAAAGCGCUUUCAGAAUAUUGUGAAGGAUGCUCGUAAUCUUCGCCGGACGAGGACGCGGUCCCGAACAAAGACAGAAGGAAUAGAUGACGGGGAAUUGGAGCGUGCCGAACGGGGGGUCAAUGGCCGACCCAUUGUCGUUUUGCACGACACCUCGCGGAUGAACAGCAGAGUCACCAACGGCCAUAUGAAUGGCGAUACAGAUGGCAUGAAGGAAGAAGAAGAAGACGGUGACAAGGUUGGCGGGUCGGAUACGAGUAAUGGAGCGAGUGGAGUUACUCUUGAGGACGAAGAAAAGUCCAGCAAUGGCCCGCCUUCACCCAAGCACGAGCCGACAGCUUCCUUUCGGCGCGAUAUUAUGUUUGCAGAUGAGCUCCCUCGGAGAGAUGGAGAAGACGGGGUCGAGAUGGUACGGCUACCGGAACGGGCUACGACGGAACAGAAUAUUGCGUUUCUUGAAAAGCAACGAAACCAGGAUAAAGGAGCCUUGCGUAUACCUGGGCCGAGAGAUUUUGACCGUGGCCAUGUGCCGGAGACGGUAAAUGACGACGAAGACGGAGGUCCCCUUGGACUGGCUCACUCCAAGCAGAGCACCCAACGUGUUGAUCCAGGUGAUAAUUUUGAGUUGAAUGAGGAUGAUCAUCCCGCAAAGCGAGCCAUAACCAUUGACGAGCCAGACCAUCCAAGACAACGAAAGAGGACCAAUACGUUUGCCUCAUUUGGACUACGCCGAAGACGGACGGACGGCGCCAAGGAUGAGGAUGAGCCUUCUGGGCUAAGAAAUCGUGGCAGAACGGCAACUUUUUCAUCAUUCAUGACCUCGAGAAGCCAAGAUCGGGAUCCUAUGCCAUACCUUAGCUGGCAGCCGACAAUUGGUAGAAACUCGGCAUUCAUUGAUUUGACCGAGGAGCAAAGAGACGAAUUGGGCGGAAUUGAAUAUCGCGCAUUAAAGACAUUGGCCUUUAUUCUUGUCGUUUAUUUCAUCGGCUUCCAUCUUCUAGGUGUCGUCUGUCUUCUUCCGUGGAUUGUUCGGAGUGAAAGAUAUGGCGCGGUUGUCGAUGCGGUUUCACAGAAUAAGGUGUGGUGGGGCUUUUUCACUCCUGCUUCAAUGUUCAACGACCUCGGAUUUACGCUUACGCCCGACUCAAUGAUGUCAUUUGCGACUGCCGUCUUCCCUCUUUUGCUGGGCAGCUUUUUAAUCAUCAUUGGCAACACAGGGUUCCCCUGUAUGCUUCGUUUUGUUAUCUGGCUUUCGUCAAAACUUGUUCCCCAAGAUAGCAGUGUUUGGGAGGAGCUGCAAUUUCUUCUGGACCAUCCAAGGAGAUGCUUUACUCUUUUAUUCCCGUCCAAAGCGACAUGGUGGCUGUUCUGGAUUUUGUGUAUAUUGAAUGGCCUCGACUUGAUAUUUUUUAUUAUUCUUGAUCUCAACGAUCCAGCCGUGACUCAAUAUGCCGCGGGCACGCGCGUCCUAGAUGGCUGGUUUCAAGCCGCAUCAACACGCACCGCAGGCUUUUCUGUCGUCAAUCUUGCGGCGCUGCAUCCAGGCAUUCAAGUAUCCUACCUUAUCAUGAUGUACAUUUCAGCAUUCCCUGUUGCCAUCUCGAUGCGUCGCACCAAUGUGUACGAGGAGAAGAGUUUAGGUAUAUACGGCAGCAAAGAGGAAGAGGAAGAUGAAGAGGCACUAGAACCGAGUUAUGUCGGUGCUCACUUGCGUCGCCAGCUGUCAUUUGACUUGUGGUAUAUUUUCCUGGGUCUCUUCAUCAUUGCCAUUGCCGAAGGAAGUCGACUCAGCAAUACAAACGAAUACCAAUUCACACUCUUCUCCUGCCUCUUCGAAAUCGUCUCUGCCUACGGCACCGUCGGUCUCUCCCUCGGCUACCCCAACAUUGACGCCUCUUUCUCCGCCGAAUUUAACGUAAUAUCCAAACUCGUCAUCAUCGCCAUGCAAAUCCGCGGGCGCCAUCGUGGUCUCCCCUACGCUCUUGAUCGCGCCAUCCUCUUGCCCAGUGAAAGUCUGCACAAGACCGAAGACAACCUCAAACGAACACCUACGCAGCGCCGCACAUCUACGUUCAGCCAAGUCGGACCUGCAAACACCACCGAAAGGCCCGACCAAGCUGCCACGUCAGGUUACGCACGCUCCAGCAUGCUCCCCACAAGAUCUCAGGACCUCAGAUCAAGCCCUCCUCCUUCCAGUCACGAUGACUCUGCGCCCUCUCCUCAUAUUACUUUCUCACCAGGACAAGCUCCUGUUGGUGGUGGUCCAACAAGUCCGACCAGCCCUCUAGGUCCAACCAGUGCAUCCACCUUUGGAAGCUGGUCGUUCAAUCAUCCUGAAGGCGGUGGCGGUGGCGGUGUUCCCACAAGUCCGACCCCAGCUCCCCGUGCAUCUUCACGCGGCAGAAGCAGGACACGCACACGCAGUGUCGGCGCCAGCAUCUUGUCAGGAUUUCACGCCGGCCCGUCCAUUUCUCGCAGUGAAUUGGGCAACAUCUAUUAAGAGCUUACGUUAGGGCGC